UGUUCCUCCAGAAGCCUUCGACACCUUCAGACAAGCAACACAACGUAAAGCGAUGUCUUCGUCGAUAAACGCGAUCACAAUUGGAAGUCUGAUAAAGAAAGACCUGAAAGAGGCCUAUUUUCUUCCACAGAAACCGUCUUCUUAUAUAGAAGAAUACAGAUUCUUCAACUCGAUCAAAUACAGAAUUUUCGACUAUCCAACAUCUUCAUCAACAUUUCGCCGGCUUGUAUCGCCCUGUUAUCACCUUGCUGCUGCCGGCAAUGAAAUUCCGGUCUUGAUGGAGCGCGGACCCGAAUUAUUUUUGAAGCAGCACUGGAAACUAUGGCUCCCCGCUUAUCCUACCGCGAUCGUAAAAUCGCCGGAUGAAGGAUUACAAGAUGACGUUCCGAUCGUGACAAGAGCCGCGCUAGAAGCCAUCCCUGAAGACAAACACUUUAUACAUCCGGACAUUCUGUACGAACUUCAACUCAAGAGUUCCCUGCAGGAUAUCAAGGCACCCACUCCGAGACACAUGGAUGAAAAUCACCUAACUUUUCCCUGCUUGCUGAAAAUUGAUAUGAGCAGCGGAGGGCGGGGAAAUAGGCUUGUAAAGAACCAGCUUGAACUGGCCGCUACUUUGAGGAACAUCAGAGAAGAUUGUGGUUGGGAUGGGGACGUAUUGUAUCAAGAGGUCAUCCCUCGUAUCAAAGAAGUGCCAAGCUUUCAGUUUUACCUGCACAAAUCAGGUGAUUUAUACUGGGUGGGAACCACAGUAGGUGGAUUUGAAGGCUAUGGCUGGACCGGUGCGGUAGUGGACUGGAACAAACACGACGAAUAUGAGAAGCUCGUCUACGAAGAAUUUACCGUUCCGAUUAAGAACUACCUCCAAAAGCGUGGCUACUUUGGCCUGGUCACGUUUGAAGUUAUUAUCACUGAUCAGGGAAAGUACUUGGUCGAUUUGAACCCAAGAAUCGGCGACGACACGACUCAUUUGUUGCUAGCCAGGUACAUGGCCAUGGAUUUCGGUCGGAAGCAUUCAGCAAUUUUUUCUUACCACAAGCACGAGCUGUUACCAAGAGAAGUCAUUGCGAAAGCAAACGUAAUCAACGCUAGAGGAAAGGGACUCAUCGUAGUUUUGAAUGCCGCUGACGACGAAAACGGUUGCAAGUCGAACUUCUCUAUUUUUGCUAACACACCUGACGAAGUUCGCGAUCUUUACUACCAAUUCAUCAGCAACGAAUCAAUGGUAUGAGACCUUUAAUACACUCCGUAAUGUCCUCCUUUUGCAAAACGACUAAUAAAAGAAAAUAAAAAGGGAAAAAAAGAGUAACGAAAAAGUUAUGCGUUUUUGAGAAAUCAAAUUCAUUCGCUUGUAACAUGUUAUAUUGUUUAGAAAUAGGCCACGAUGCAAAUCACUGUGUUAAGUAAGAUUGAUCUUGCUCGGAAACAAAUCGUUUUACUUGUCAGGAAUAUUGAUUGAACAUUAUUUCAUCUGGAGUUAAGACCAUAUUGCAUGUCUGAGCUGAAGAAUUUGCUGUAUUCUAAAAAGUUGAUAAAUAUACAACUUUUAACGCUUU